AUGGCUAGUAAAAUAAAUUGUGGGAAAUGUAAAAAAAUAAAAAAAAAUAAAAAAGAUAAAAUAAUUAGAUGUGAUGAUGAUUGUCAGAAAUGGUUUCAUCACACAUGCGGAGGAACAUCAAUUGAAGAAUACUAUGAAAUCCAACAAAAUAUGGACAAAUUUUGGCUUUGCAAUCUGUGCCAUGAAAAGCGGCAGAAAAGGAAAUUGAUCGGACUAACUUCGACACCGAGCCUACCUGUUGCCAGUACUGAAGAAAUUGAUGCAAAUAACAACCACUUCUCCCAAAAGUUGGAUAAAAUUAUUGUGCAACUAACAUCACAUGAAAGCAAACUUUUAGAUCUAAAAAAAUUAAGCAUCAUCGAAAAUAAAUUGUCUGAACUACAAAAAGUAGUAAAAGUGUUUAAGCAAACAAUGGAUACAAUUAUUAAUGAAAAUAUUGUUUUGAGAAAUGAAAAUGACAUACUUAGAUCGGAAAUCGAAAAAAACUCUAUCACAAUCGAAAACAUUAAGCAAGAAAAGUAUUCGAAAGUCUUAGAAAUAUCAGGAAUUAACACUAACAACAAAACUUACCCAGUCAUUAUAGUGUCAAAGGUAUUAAAUGAACUGAACGUUGAAUUAAAGUUAGAUGACAUAAGGAAUGCUUAUCUAGAGUCGCACCAGUCAACAAAUUCAGGUCUCGAUCCAGUUGGAAUGGGAAAUAUGAACCUGUCAGCAGAACGCUGCGUUUAUGCAACAAACACAAACACAGACUUGACUUUUCACUGAAGAAAGACGCGAUGAAAAAGCUUCUAUUUAUAACUUUUCAUUGUUUAUAUUCAUAUUUAAUGGAGUAUUAUUACUAAUAAGUUUCAUUUUGUAUAAUUUUUAAAUUUAAUUUUUAAGUCAAAAAUUUGUUCUG